AAUCCAUAAUAUCAAUUUCUAGUACAGGAUAGCAUUUUCACUGUAUUGCAACUUUAACCAGAAGCAGAUAACUCUCAUAGUUUAUUUUUACUGGUAUUGUCGUCUCCAUCUGAUUUGAAUUUUCAGUUGGUUUCAUAUUUGUCGAACACUUUGCAAAUUUUGCCUAUGCCUAUUGCAACAAUGCAAUAAUACCUAUCUCUCCACAAAAUAUCAACUACCUAUCCAUCACCAUAUUAGUUGAUCCAAUACCCUUGACCCCCAAUUUUGCACCCAUCAACGAAUAUGGCACAUUCGUCUGAUUUUGAUGAAUUCGCCAGGUACAAGACUCAGCUCCAUGAUUUGCUAGCUGACCGGCACUUCGACAGCUCGAUGUUGCUUGGGUUUGACAGCAUGAUUAGAACUAAGUUCCAGGCUCGAAUCUUUGCUGACUUGAACGACUACUAUUCCAAUAUAGAACAGGACAAGAAUGACUUACCCAACAAUCAAUUGGAAUUGCAAUUCAAUACUGGCUCUUACUUGGACUUGAUAUGGCGAGAAUUCCAUUAUCCCAUACUCAAGUUGUUCCAGAAGCUUCACGAAGACCUCUACAAAAGUGUUAAUGCAAAUUUCAGUAGAUGUGUCAAUGAAGGACAACCCGGCAAGUUUAAGGUAAAGCCAGUAGAACUGCGCAAACUUCAUGAUCAGCUACAAAAAUUCACCAAACAGCUAUUCAACUUUUACAUUUCGCUAUUAAACUACUUCACUACGCAUUAUGAUAUUCCUUUGCUACCUAGAAAGUUUACUGAGCAUUUCAAUUUCCAACCCAAUCCUAAAGCUAUUAGGACUUCCAACACUAAUUUUCAGGCCAAUGUUUUGUUCUUGUGUCACAAGUGUUUGGUUAUAUUGGGGGAUAUAUCUCGUCAUAAGUCGAAGAUAGAAAACAGCUUUGUAGUGCCAUGCCUGUCGAACAAAGCAUUCUUCAAUAAUCGCGAAUUGAAUACAAUACAGAAGUCUUUGUUGGAAGAGCCAACGUAUGAAAAGGCAAUUCAAUUUUACAAGCUCUGUAUUGUUUUGAUACCAGCAUUGAACGAACCAUAUAAUCAUAUUGGCAUGAUUUGCAAUACAUUGAACAAACAAUUUGAAGCAUGCAUUUGGUUCUUGAGAUCAACAUUAACCAGAAUUGGCAAUUUUCAAGUUGGAAUGAAUAACUUUAAGUCGAUAAUAAGGAAGAAACCUUUCGUGGCCAAACUCAACCGUAUCAAUAGUGACCGCUUUGAUGGUGGUAGGUCUAAAACCGAGCCUACAAUGGAGGAUGAUUUGAAUACGAUGCUUGCCUGCAGAGUUCUCUAUUUGUAUGAUCCUGAAGAACAUCAGGUUGAUUAUAAGACCAUCAAGAAAACAACGUUUUCCAAACUAGAGGAUACUUUAUCUCGUCAUUUAAAGUCGUCAUUUAGCAAAUUGCUUUCGGAGGGCAAGGAUGGUUCCAAUUUUUUCCUUAAUCAGUUGGUUUUCCUCAUUUCGAUUUACUACUUAUUCACUUAUCGUUAUAUUGAUCAAUUCUGUACUCAUUUGCUUGACGUUGAAUUAAACGAAAUCAGUGCUACCAAUUCUCUUCAAUGCUUUAGACUCAUUUUGAAUUGGAUCAAAGAAAACAAGAGAGCUUACAGAAGUCUCCAAGACAAACACAGAACCAUGAGUAAGAUUGUACAAGUACUGAACAAGUUCUUAGAAGAUAAUAGUUUAAAUAUCCCCGAUAAAGUUCAUUAUUUCCAGGAAGAUUUGAUGUUCAAAGAUUUUAUUGUUAUCAGAAAUCAAUUCAGAGACUUUAAAGACGAUCUCUUGUUCGGAGCAUCCAAUAUUGAUGCUUUACAUGGUGACUAUUCC